AAAUCGUCACGUCAGUACAAUGCAAUCUGUUUUUUGCACAGUUCCAAUCUGGAGCCAACCGAUAAAGCAUCUCCAAAAUCGAAGGCAGGAUAUGAUGAUUGCAACCUUGACUUUGGCCAUCCUUGUGGCCUUUCAAACCGGCCAAGUCUAUUGUAUCGUAAUUCGUGAUAUCCAUUUCCCAGGUCCAUUUGCAGAACUUGGCACCAAUCAAGCCUCUCAAAAAAUAGAUAACGACGAGUCCUCGGGGAUGAUGUUUCAAGAAUGGCCAGAACAGGAAGACCCUUCUUUGCAAUGCGACGGCAUGACCAGCGAUAUAACUAUUAGGACCAUCUUUACAGAAUCCGACCAGAAUGGAUGUUACUUAUUCAAGACCCCUGGAUUUUCUUCGCCAGGAUACCCUAAUGCUGGGGGUGGAUUAACUGAAUAUGACUGCCGUUUCGUGGCUCGGUUCGAAGGUACGAGCGUCGCUGGCACAUUGACUGGUUCCUUCUGCCGAUUUUGAAUUCCAGCCUAAAAAUAACAAUAACAGGUGCAUAGACAAGCUGACAAUAAGCAACUUACUCCCAUUGGCGGCAGACCAACCUACCGAUGAUGAUGAUUUAGCGAGCAAGGAUACAGACAUACUGUAUUGUGGAACACUUCAAGGCGACAAAGUAUAUAAUUUCGAUAAGAAUUUUGUUACAAUUAGAUUGACAGCUAACCAAAUGAUCAAUGGUAAAGGAGCCAAAGUGAUUAUAUGUUUCCCUUGAAAUGGUUGGUUCUGACUGAGGUUCCCUGUGUGUUGUGUGCGAAAUACCCCAGUGGUUUUAUUUUAUGUUUCAAAUAAGAUUUGAAAUAAAGAUUGAAAGAACAAA